AUGUCAGAGGGCCUAACGUGUGACUUCGAGAUAGACGUGGAGAGUCUGGAGACUGAGAGCGACGAAGCGCACAGUCGCCCCGGGUCCGCGCCUCCGCUUGGGCCCAUCGCGUUGGAGGAGGACACGGAGGGGGGCACCAGCACCAGCAGCACCAGCCCCAGCAGUAGCAGCAGUAGGGCCGAGUGCCAGGGCGGUCCUGGCGUUUCGGGGGACCAGAGGAAGCUGAGCCGGACCCCCAAGUGCGCGCGCUGCCGUAACCAUGGCGUGGUGUCGUGUCUGAAGGGCCACAAGCGCUUCUGCCGCUGGAGGGACUGUCAGUGCGCAAACUGCCUGCUGGUUGUGGAGAGACAGCGAGUCAUGGCGGCUCAGGUGGCGCUCAGGAGGCAGCAGGCCACGGAGGACAAAAAGGGGAUCUCUGGGAAACCGCUGCCGACUGAAAGAAGAGCCAUCUACCAGCGACACAUGCGGCCGUCCACCAUGCUCGCCAAGAGCAUUCUGGAAGGUUACCGGCCGCUGCAGACAGAGUCGUUCCUCGGAGCUGGAGCUGCUCUUCCUCCUCUGAGUGACCGCAUGAGGAAGAGGAGGGCCUUCGCCGACAAGGAGCUGGAGAGCAUCAUGCUGGAGCGAGAGUACAAGGAGCGGGAGCUGAUGGAGGCCCCUGGGCUCUUCAGCCCUAGUGUGGUGCAUGAAUACAGCUCCUACAGGAGCUACUCUCCCCCCUCUCACCGGAGCUUCUCUCCCCCCUCUCACCGGAGCUUCUCUCCCCCCUCUCACCGGAGCUUCUCUCCCCCCUCUCACCGGAGCUUCUCCCCCCCUCACACUGAGGCUCAGGCCAAAGAGCUGUGUGGCUUCAUGGGGCCCUCGUGUGUGGAGCUGCCGGUGCAGUACAGCGCAGCAGCUAACGUGGAGCUCAUCUCCUCCAACGUGAGCGUGGCCACAUACAGACAGUACCCAGUGCAGACGUCCAGAGGAGGCUACGUCAUGUGGCCCCGGGGCCCCACCAACCUGGGGGAUGCACUGUUGUACCAGCAGUGUCUCCUGAACGCUACAGCCGUCCAGAACCUGAAGCCGGGGGCCGUGUGGGAGCCCAAGAGCAUGCCCACAGAGAGCCAGCCUCCAGAGCAGGAUUCUGUGAGUGUGUCCAAGGUGGAGGGCUCCAGGGCCGCCCUGCAGGGGGAGCACAAGCAGCCGGGCCCCGGCCCCAGCCCCAGCCCCGGCCCCAGCUCUGCUGCAGCACACAGACUCAGAGAGAGCUCGGCCUUCUCUCCUCCCAAACGCAGCUUCGGUCAGGCCUUCUCUCCCUCGUCCACACAGCACCGAGUGAGCAGAGAGUGUGUGAAGCACUCUCUGCACACACUUACCGCUGACAGGAGGAGCUCGUCCUGUAAGGAGCUGCUGCAGGAGGCGGCGCGACGGUUCAGAGACUCCUGUGUGAGAGACUCCUGUGUGAGAGACUCCUGUGUGAGAGACUCCAGUGUGAGAGACUCCUGUGUGAGAGACUCCAGUGUGAGAGACUCCUGUGUGAGAGACUCCAGUGUGAGAGACUCCAGUGUGAGAGACUCCUGUGUGAGAGACAGUGUAAAGAGCAGUCCCAAAGAGCUGCUGUCCAAACCUGCGGCCACAAAGAUGUCGUCCAGUGACUCUCUGUCCUUCUCUGUGGAGGCCAUCUUGAAGAGGCCCCCAACUGUGAGCGUGCUGCUGCACUGA